GCUGGAAAAUGGUGUAAACAGACGACCAACUUCCCCAUACAAAUUCCAUUCACUAAAAACAAGCAGAAGACGAUGGCUGCGUUAACGAAUGUAACCCGGAAUGCCGCAGUAUUAAUCAAAGUAAUCGGGAAACACCGUUCAUUUUCGUGUUCAACAGUCCAUCAUGGAUCGGGCAAACGAGUGGGCUUUAUUGGACUCGGGAACAUGGGCGGACCUAUGGCCUUGAAUUUAUUAAACAAGGGCAACUCUGUAACUGUAUUUGAUGUGUAUCCAGAGGCUAUGUCAAAACUACAAGAUGCAGGAGCAUCAGUUGGCCAUAACCCUGCCGAAGUGGCAGAAAAAUCAGAUACCAUCAUUACCAUGUUGCCAAACAGCGGCCAUGUACAAGAAGCAUAUGCGGGAGAAAAUGGUGUCUUCCAGACAGCAAAGCCAGGAUCUUUACUGAUUGACAGCAGUACCAUAGAUCCCAGUGUCUCUAAAGAAAUGGCAGCUCUAGCUGAAAAGAAGGGAAUGAUUUUCAUUGAUGCCCCAGUUUCUGGAGGUGUGAUGGCUGCUAAAGCUGGAACCUUGACUUUCAUGGUUGGAGGACCAGAAGAACAGUUUCCUAAUGCCAGAGCAAUACUAGAGCAUGUUGGUAAAAACAUUGUGUACUGCGGUCCAGUAGGAUCGGGCCAAGCCGCCAAAAUUUGCAAUAACAUGUUGUUGGCAAUCAAUAUGGUUGGAACAGCUGAAGCCAUGAAUCUUGGCGUUAGAUUGGGACUGGAUCCUAAAUUGUUGAGCAGUAUUAUCAACACUAGUUCCGGUCGCUCCUGGUCCAGUGAAAUUUACAAUCCAGUACCUGGUGUCUUGCCAAACGUCCCAGCCUCAAACAACUACGAAGGAGGAUUCGGAACGGCCCUCAUGACGAAAGAUCUUGGCCUCGCCCAGAAUUCAGCGACUCGUUCCAAUUCCGCGAUCCCGCUGGGAUCACUUGCCCACCAACUCUAUCGACUGAUGACUGUUCGUGGCUACGCCAAGAAAGACUUUUCUUCCGUCUACCAAUUUCUCCAGAAAUCAGAAAAUAGUAACUAGUAGCGAUAUACUUAGAAAGAGGAGGUUGAAUCUAUAUGUUGUAUAGCUCUGCGUGACCCAGUUUACCACCGUAGCUUGUGAUUCGCAAUUUAAUGGUGAAUGAUUUAAUAAAAAAACAAUUUGUGUAGCCCUGUUUUCGUCCAGUCAGUGCAAAAUAAAAGUGGCCCUAAAUUGUUAUACACUGUAAAAGUACCCUACGAGUCAAAUAAAAUAGGAAGGGGUUUUCGAA